GAUGGCCACCCUAAAGUAAAAUAUUGUUGAAAACUAAAUUUCAGCUAGAACAUGCGGUUUACACUGAUGGUUCAAUAAGCUUCAAAGGUGUCGGUUGCGCAGUCUUCCAUGGUAUGUGGAAUCGGCCACACCAAGCUCACUCAGAAAAACCUCAAAACUCUAAUGAGGCCUCCAUUUCUGCAAGUUACUGCAUGUACUGGAUUGCCAACGUAACAAGGACGAUAGAAUUAGUAAUAACAUGGGACAAAACCUAAGAGACAUUUUUAUUUGUGAUAAAAGCCAGGAAAAUAAUUUAAAUCAAUUCAUAAGAGAAACUGAACUUUACAGAAAAAAGUCACAGGAGGGUUGUGUCCGAGGCACGACCGCAUAGUUGACGUAGGAUUCCGUUAGACUAUCUGUUGAUUUUAGAUAUGUUUGAUAAACUUGUUGAUAAUGAUAAUGGUUUUAAUAUCUCUGUUAGGGAACACAUUUCGGUACACUGGAGGAAAACGUUAGUAAGUGCAGCUACCAAAUCUUUAGUAGUCGAAACAUUGGUAAAAUGUACACAUUUUUUGUACAUCUUACCAAAACUUUGUUAAACUGAUGUCAGAUGCAAUAUACAUCCCUACCAAUGAUUCGUACAUUUUACUUCAUAGCAUAAGUAACCUUGAGUAUUUUCAUUCCUAGCAACUGUGUGUGUGCAAUCGCCAUUUGUCUAGUGGAAGCGAAACGAUUCGGAGCUUUUAUUUAUAGAAAACAAUAGCAAGGGUUCACGCAGUCGUAAAAACUGCACUAGCUGAUGAACAAUAUGCGACGGCGGAAGUUCCACAAUCUUAAACACAUCGUCACAAAAACAAUGAUUCUACAGCAGUACUUGGCGACGAUACCCAGCGAAAAUCAUCACCAUCAUUACCACCGACAGCAGUCCAUAACUUCGAAGCGCGGAGGUCAUCAUUGGGUGCGCAACCAGAUAAUUCGACCGAGACGGAGGCGUCGGAAUUCAACAAAUCCGCCAAGGAAAAUAACCAAAGGUAAAGAUCCGUCGGCGAAGGAGAUCGAUAGUGGCAAGAAUGAAAAAGAUUUGGCGCUGGUUUCGAAACCGGUUGACAGUGAUACGAACGUGGCUAUUUUAGCGCUACUACCUCCACCCUCUUGCCUUGAGAAAGGCAUUCGAUCCCUCGCCGUCCAGCUCGUCCAGCAACGAUGUUGUCCAGUCGGUGUCCACACAAAGAAUGUGUGUGUGAAAGAUAUUUGGAAUAUUAUUAAUAACAAAGUUUUUCUUACGGCAUAUUUGAUGUUCCGCUGUCAGUUUCGAUUGGGAUUUCCAGUGAAAAUAGAAAUAUCGCUAUUCUGUGUGGUUUUCAUAUUUGACAACGUAUUCCCAUAAGAGCUCCCGCAGACUGCAUACUUUUUAUCGGCAGAAAAUGUUAUCGAGUUGGCCUGUUAGUGCCAAAACCGACCCAACUGAAUCGGUAUAACGUGCCCAAAUGCAUAUCUCUCCAUACUGAUUAAGUUGGCCGAUCAAACUAUCGGCCGUAAAACAGUCUGCAGUCUGCGGGGGCUCUAUGAGACACCCGUAACUAGCGUGAGCCAUAUCAAGGAAAACGAAGUGCGUGCAACAUACAUUAUCGAGGAUUACUGUUUUGAUGUCCCAUCCGAGUACGUACGACGUGGUGCCGAGUUGAGGAAGCAGGAAAGAGAAAGGAAAACCUACAGGAAAAGCUUUUUCAAUAAUUUAUAAAAUUAAGAAUAGAAUAAGAAUAUUAAUAAGAAUAAGAAUAUUGGCAAUACAAAAUAAUUAUUUGAAAAAUAUCGUCAUUAUUCAACCAAUGGAGGGCCAACAAAUCAGCCAUUACUAAGUUCGAAAUUGAGCCAACAUUGGACCCACAAACUGUAGUUUAGUUUGACAUUUAUGCCUACCAAUUUUUAUUCGUAGGAUGUACCAAUGAUUAGUAGGGUAGAAAAUGACUAACGAAUUGGUAAUAUUUUCCAAAAAAUUGGUCAUAUAUACUAAUUAUUCCUCUCAGUGUAGGAACAAAAGUUCCUCCUACUUUCAUGUAUUUGCAAUGCCGAUUUGCCCCAGGCAGCUUGGUUUAGAUGUCUCUGUUAGGGAACACAUUUCGUUGGGAGCAAAAGUUCCCCCUACUCUCAUGUAUUAACAAUGCCGAUUUCCCUCAGCAGCUUGGCAGCUUGGUUUUGAUGUCUCUGUUAGGGAUCCGCCGCAUGUGUCGUCAAUUUCGACCAAUCAGAAGUGGGUAUUUCCGUUAGGAUAGGGGUUGAGAUUUAUCAAUUGUUCGAUAGUUAGUUUCAUGACAUAUAUUAUUUUCUUCAAUAUAAAAAAUUGUUAUGGAGUGCCGAAAUCGUUGACGCAAGAAUUUCAUCAAUCCAUCAUGAAAUGACUGAGCAAUAAGCGUUUGAAGUUGGACAAUUUUCACGAUGUACUCGAUUUUCGAUUUUCAAUUUGUACCCCAAUAUGUUCUCGAAAGACGUAAUCCCACGUCAAAAAAACAUUAGAAAAAAUAUAUAAAAAAACAUCGGAGACGAAUGGAUCGUAAGAUUUGAAGUCUCGGCGAAUAAAUGAAAAGAAGAGCGAGAGAAUAUGAUUUCACAUACAUUUGUGCAGACCGCUUGUCAGACUAAGUCGUUCUUCCGUGCAGCUAUGCUUUGUUGGUACAUACCAUUGCUCGAUUGCCAACCUGGAUAUACUUAUUUCCUGAAUUGCUAUAAUUUUUCGCGGCAAUAUAACUGGAUCCAUUGAAUUUGACGUCCAUUACGAUUAACAGGUGGUAAAAACGCCACAUUCCAGAGCGCAUAGAUUGACAACAAUGGUCGGGUAGUUUCGUAUUCUAGUACCGUGGAGAAUAAUCUUUCUUUAUUUUAGUACUGUGUAGAAUCUAAUUAAAGAAGUUACGCUGUGCGAAUCAUAUUUUCUAGAACCUUUUUCUUGGUGCGCUGAUGAAAAGUCCAGUUUGUCUGUAUUAACAUUUGCAUUAAAAAAGUGGACU